AUGGGGAGAAUGCACCAGGGCUGUGGGGGAGGCCUGCAGGCUCGAACCCGCACCUGCCAGCCCCUUCCAGAAGACGGCCUCAUCUGCGAGGGAGUGCUGGAAGAAGGCCGUUUGUGCAACCGGAAAGCGUGCAAUCCUAAUGGGCACUACAGUUCCCGAAGCCAGUCGCUCAGGUCCACGGAUACCCGGAAGCGAGAUGACAUGGAUGAGCUCCAGCAGUACGGGUUCCCUGCACCUCAAAUAGGGGAUCCAGCCGCUGAGGAGUGGUCGCCCUGGAGCAUGUGCUCCACCACCUGUGGGGAGGGCUGGCAGACAAGGACGAGAUUCUGCGUGUCGUAUUCCUACAGCACUCAAUGCAGCGGGCCCCUCCGGGAACAGCGCCAAUGCAACAAUUCUGCGGUCUGUCCAGUCCACGGGACGUGGGAUGAGUGGUCUCCUUGGAGUCUCUGCUCGUCAACUUGUGGGCGUGGUUACCGGGAUCGGACCCGGACCUGCAAACCUCCUCAGUUUGGUGGCAACCCCUGCGAGGGGCCUGAGAAGCAAACCAAGUUCUGCAAUAUUGCGCUUUGCCCAGUGGACGGCAACUGGAAUGACUGGUCGAGCUGGAGUUCCUGUUCCACCUCCUGUGCCAACGGCACCCAGCAGCGGACGAGGGAGUGUAACGGGCCGUCCUACGGGGGCGCGGAGUGCCAGGGGCACUGGGUAGAGACCCGGGACUGCUUCCUUCGACAGUGUCCAGUGGAUGGCAAAUGGCAAGUGUGGGGCCCGUGGGGGGGAUGCACGGCCACAUGUGGAGGCGGAACGCAAAAGCGCGAACGCACCUGCUACGGCCCCUUCUUUGGGGGGAACGUCUGCCAGGGCCCCAAAGAGGAGUACAAGCAAUGCAACGAGAAGCGAUGUCCAGAGCCCCACGAAAUCUGCAAUGAAGAUAAUUUUGGUUCUGUGAUUUGGAAAGAGACCCCAGCAGGAGAUGCGGCAGCUGUCCGAUGUCCCCGGAAUGCCACGGGGCUGAUCCUAAGACGUUGCCUUCUAGAUGAAGAGGGCAUUGCCUAUUGGAUGGUUCCGACGUACAUCAAGUGUGUUUCCAUUGACUACAGGAAUAUACAGAUGAUGACAAGAGAGCACCUGUCCAAAGCUCAGCGGGGGCUCAUAGGGGAAGGGGUGUCCGACGUUCUGCAAAACCUCGUGGAGAUCUCUCAAGAUGGAACCAGCUAUAGUGGGGAUCUGCUAUCAACCUUCGAUGUGCUCAGGAAUAUGACCGAAAUCUUCCGCAGGGCAUAUUAUAGCCCAACUGCCAACGAUAUACAGAACUUUGUACAGAUCGUUAGCAACAUUUUGACAGAUGAGAACCGGGACAAAUGGGAGGAAGCUCAGCUGAUAGGUCCCAACAUGAAGGAACUGUUCAGGCUGGUAGAGGAUUUCAUCGAUGUGAUCGGUUUUCGCAUGAAAGACUUCCAGGAUUCUUACCAAGUCACAGAAAAUCUAGUCCUCAGCAUCCAGAAGUUCCCAGCGAAUGCAGCCAAAGACAUUAGCUUCCCUAUGAAAGGCUGGCGGGGCAUGGUGGAUUGGGCCCGCAAUGCGGAGGACAAGGUCACGGUGUCCAAAAGCAUCCUCUCUACAGGGGUUUCAGAGGCAGAUGACUCCGCUGUUUUCGUGGUGGGGACUGUCCUGUACCGAAAUCUGGGUGGGAUCCUUUCCCUUCAGAGGAACACCACCGUGCUGAAUUCUAGAGUCAUCUCCGUGACGGUGAAACCAACUCCUCGGUCGCUCCUGACUCCUGUGGAAGUCGAGUUCUCCCACCUCUACAAUGGAACGACCAACCAGACCUGUAUCCUCUGGGAUGAAGCUGAUGUGUAA